AUGUUCUUUGAGACUGUCUCAACACUGAACAGUACCUCCUUACAAAUAGAAGACGAAAGGGGUGUGGGUGAAUCGCCUCCACCGACGUGGUUGAAAUGGCUUGAUGAAACCAGAAAAUCUAUCUAUCUAUCUAUCUAUGUUCUUUAUUUAAUCUAUUUCUUUGUAUUACAACUUCCUUUUUCUCCCUUCUUCGGACGAGUGCCUGUCUGCCAGCCUAUUUUGGCGCCCGACCGACCGCCUUAUUGGUUUAUAUUGCUGGCUGGGUUGCGUUGUCACCAGACCGUCACUAGUGGCUCACACAAAUCGACGAACGAAAAAGAGAGGCGGAAUCUAACCGGUCGUUUCCUUUCUUUCUUUCUUCCUUCCUUCUUUCUUUCUUUCUUUCUUUCUUUCUUUCCUCGUUCCUUUCAUUCUUUACCUUGUUUUUCACUUCUUUUUUAUUGCUUAUGCACAUCUAUCUAUCUAUCUAUCUAUAGUCUGUCCAUAUCUAUCUAUCUAUCUAUCUAUCUAUCUAUCUAUCUAUCUAUCUAUCUAUCUCUAUUCAUAUCUCUCUAUCUAUCCAUAGUCUGUUCAUAUCUAUAUCUAUCUAUCUAUCUAUCUAUCUAUCUAUCUAUCUAUCAGGUGAUUACAUUUAUAAGAUCCUUUUAUAAACAUUUGUGA